CCGUUUUUCGUGUCAUAUGACUUGUGAGUGUUACGUUCAUUUCUUUUUGCACAGCAGUUACCUCGACUGAGUGGUUUACUCUAUUAAUUUUACAAUGGCAACAAUGAUGCAAAAUCGACCUGUGGAUCUCAACGGCCCCGAGGCUGGUGCAAGACAACACGCUCAAGCAGUGACCAGAAACUACAUCUCUCAACCGAGGCUGACUUACUCCACGGUGUCUGGGGUCAACGGACCUCUGGUGAUCCUGGACAAUGUCAAGUUCCCCAGGUACGCCGAGAUCGUCCACCUCACCCUGCCGGAUGGAACCAGGAGGAGUGGCCAGGUUCUGGAGGUGAUUGGGACCAAGGCUGUGGUCCAGGUGUUUGAGGGAACCUCUGGAAUUGAUGCUAAGAAGACAGCGUGCGAGUUCACCGGUGACAUCCUCCGCACACCCGUCUCUGAGGACAUGCUGGGGCGUGUGUUUAACGGCUCUGGGAAGCCCAUUGACCGCGGGCCUUCUGUCCUGGCUGAGGACUAUCUGGACAUCAUGGGCCAGCCAAUCAACCCUCAGUGUCGUAUCUACCCCGAGGAGAUGAUCCAGACGGGGAUCUCCGCCAUCGACGGCAUGAACAGCAUCGCCCGUGGCCAGAAAAUCCCCAUCUUCUCCGCCGCCGGGCUGCCCCACAACGAGAUUGCAGCCCAGAUUUGUCGGCAGGCUGGUCUAGUGCAGAAGUCCAAAGAUGUGAUGGACUACAGCUCUGAGAACUUCGCCAUUGUGUUCGCUGCUAUGGGGGUGAACAUGGAGACAGCUCGGUUCUUCAAGUCUGACUUUGAGGAGAACGGUUCCAUGGACAAUGUCUGUCUGUUCUUAAACCUGGCCAAUGACCCAACUAUUGAACGCAUCAUCACUCCGCGCCUGGCUCUGACCUCCGCUGAGUAUCUGGCCUAUCAGUGUGAGAAGCAUGUGCUGGUCAUCUUGACGGACAUGAGCUCCUAUGCUGAGGCUCUGAGAGAGGUGUCUGCUGCCAGAGAAGAGGUGCCCGGUCGUCGUGGUUUCCCUGGUUACAUGUACACCGACUUGGCCACCAUCUACGAGAGGGCUGGACGUGUGGAGGGAAGAAAUGGUUCCAUCACACAGAUCCCAAUUCUCACCAUGCCCAACGAUGACAUCACCCAUCCAAUCCCUGAUCUGACGGGUUACAUCACUGAGGGGCAGGUCUAUGUGGAUCGCCAGCUCCACAACAGACAGAUCUACCCUCCCAUCAACGUGCUGCCGUCUCUGUCCCGUCUGAUGAAGUCGGCCAUCGGAGAGGGCAUGACGCGCAAGGACCACGCCGACGUCUCCAACCAGCUGUAUGCGUGCUAUGCCAUUGGUAAGGACGUGCAGGCCAUGAAGGCUGUGGUGGGGGAGGAGGCCUUGACCUCUGAUGACCUUCUGUACCUGGAGUUCCUGCAGAAGUUUGAAAAGAACUUUAUCGCUCAGGGUCCCUAUGACAACCGGACGGUGUUUGAGACGCUGGACAUCGGCUGGCAGCUUCUGCGUAUCUUCCCCAAGGAGAUGCUGAAGAGAAUCCCCCAGAGCACACUGGCCGAGUUCUACCCCCGCGAGUCCACCACUCGCCACUGAAGCCCCCACUCUUACCCCCGACCGAAGGCCUACUGCCCUCUGGGUGGAAUGGAGGGAGGACACACACACACACACACACACACACACACACACACACACACACACACACACACACUCGUCCCCUCCCUUUCCUCCAGUUUCAACCCAGAGAAAUGGGUUUAGUUAGUCGUGUAGUGCUAUGUGUUGUGGGUAUGUGUGUAUGUAGAUGUGUGCAAGCCUGAUUGUACGUUUGUGUGUGUGUGUGUGUACACGUUUUACCUGUAUCUGUGUGCACCUGUCGGCAGGUUAUUUUGGCUGUUGUGCUUUCAUGUUUUGUUUGUUUCUCCAUUGCAGUUUGCAAAAAGAUGAUAAUAUUUAUGAAGGUCCCUCAUGAUUGCUGUUGUAUUUAUUCUGUCGUCAGCCCCAAACGAAGAUGGAAGUCCAACACGUUUGAUCUUAAAGGGAACGUAGUGUAUCUUUCACUCACCCUCUCGCUCCUUAACAUUCUCUUUGGCUUUCAACCUGAGAUGCAACUCAGGGGUCAUUGUGUAACUGAUCUACACAUGUGAGCAAGAGCAAUAUGAUUUCAUCAUAUUGGACCAUGGAAUGGUUCCUAAUUGAGCUAGUACCUCUCCAUACCCAUCACCUUCUCAUCAUGUUUGUCAGUCUUAUUUUCUCUCUCUCUCUCUCUCUCUCUCUCUCUCUCUCUCUCUUUCUCUCUCUCUCUCUCUCUUUCUCUCUCUCUCUCUCUCUGGCUCUUUCAGUCAUAGGCUACUGUAUUAGACUGAAAAUGGUUAAGAUGUUUACAUUAUUCGUGUUCUGACUGCAGUGGGCUGUGACAUUAACUAAGACACUGAGCAUUCCUUUGUCAUCACCAAUCCUUGAAAUGAUUUAUCUUUGUGGUUUACCCUUUUAUGAUACUACCCUUUCCGAAAAUGAAUAAAUUAUAUUAUUCUCACUGUA